ACAAUCUUUACCUCAAUCUAAUGUUCACACCUAUUUAUGGAGUAAAUUUGUGGAUUUGCUAUGCUGACUGUUAAUGUUUGCGGCAGGCUAAUGUUCAAAGGAGGAAGCAAUAAUAUUAACAUAUCCAUUGUGAAGUCAGGAGGUCUCUUUGUCUGCCCUCAUUUGGUCUGAGAAGAUGGCAAGGCUUCUAAUUUUCCAUAUCAUCUUUCAUGACAUCCUGUUUAGUGGUACCUGGACCUGGAUAGUCAGAAUGCCCAGUAGUAUUCAGGGCUUGUCAGGUUCCUGCCUGGUGAUACCAUGCUCAUUUGAUUACUCAAAUUCAAUUCCACACCCUGAUCAUAUAGUGUGGUAUGAAUAUGAUAAAUUCUAUUAUCCUGUAGUGUAUGAUGCUUGGAAAAUUUCAUCAGUAAUGAAUGAGUUCCGAGGAAAAACAUUUUUAUAUAAGAAGUUGGAUUACUGCAUAGGAGAGGACUGCGUAAGGGACUGCAGUCUCUUGAUUACGAAUCUCAAACUAAUCCACAAUGGAAGAAGAAUAUACGCUUGGAUUGACCCAGAUAAUAUUGGGAAACAUACUUACAGAUUCUUUGAUGUCACGUCUAGAAUAUUUGUCAAAACAUCAGCAGAGAAGCCCAUUAUUCAGAUUUUGGGAGGUAACCAAAUUGGGGACCUCAUCAGUGUUCAGUGUUCCACAUACCAUUCCUGUCCUUACCAGUCUCCCACUCUGAGCCUGAGUGGGUUGGAAAACAAAAAAGGUUUAAAUGAUCACAUGGAGACAAUUUACCGUAAUGAUGGCAAAUGGGAAACCAUACUAACGCGUAAAGGAGUUGUUCAGUCUGUAAGCCAGACAGUUCGCUGCAAUGUCAGACACCAGGGUGGCCUUUCUGAAUCAGCUACCAAAACACAUAAAGCAUCAUGUGCCAUUUACCAACCUCAAAUUACUCCUGAUGCAAACACAGAGUUUCUUGAGGGUGUGGAAACAGAGAUCCUUUGCUCAGUAAUGUACAUUUGCCCAGAAAACCGGCCUUACAUCACAUGGAAAGGUGUAGAGAUCCCAGCCAGCAUGUUCUUUGUUAAAGAUGAGACUAGAUCCAUAUUAAAAUUUAUGGCUAAGGCAAGUGACCAAGGAAAGGUCAUUACCUGCCAAGCAGAAUUUAAAGGAAAUGUUCAAAGUGCCAGUAUUACUUUAAGAAUAAAACGCUCAAUGUUUUCCCGAGACUGGACUUUCUCAAUGCCUAAAGCUAUCACAGGGCUCCCAGGUUCCUGUGUGGUCAUACCUUGCAGUUUUGACUUCAAAACAUCCCAACCCAAGAAUGUCAAAGUGAAGUGGUACAAAUUUUCCAGUACGGAGUACCCCUUAGUGUAUGGUGAAUCAACACAGAAUAUCAUUGGCAGUUUUAGAGAUAAGACAAGUUUGUUUGGAGCUCCAAAUGAGGGAAACUGCAGCCUGAAGAUCCAGCCUCUUGAAAAGCAACAUAAUCAGGAGCGACUAUAUCCCUGGAUGGACCCAAACUCUAUUGAAACAUACCACAGAGAGAAGUAUGAAGAUGUAACCAUUACCCUUGCAGUGUCAGAUGUUAUUGAGAAACCACAGGUAGACAUUAUUGGCAUACCCAAGGUUGGAGAGCAGAUCACUUUGUCCUGCAGUGUGUCACACACCUGUCCUCCUACUCCACCAACAUUAAAACUCAAUAUCUCCCGUGGGACUGAAAGUCUCAUGCACAUACCCUUAAGUGAAGGCAAAUGGAAGACAGUGAAAGAGGCUACAUGGGAUGUCCAGGAGGAUGAUAAUUCUGUUUCUUGCACUGUUAGUUACCCAAGUGGACAGACCUCUAAGGCUGAAGUCAGUCUUAACCCUUUAUGUGAUUUUGAUAGUCCAAAAAUAAGUCCAAGAGAAGAUGAGACCAUGGAGGGAAUUGAGAAGAUUUUUAAUUGUUCUGUGCAACACACAUGCGAAAAACAGAAGCCAAUUAUCACCUGGAACUACCAACAUAUGGAAUAUUCUGCUGAAACACAACAGAUUUCCUCCAAAACUUGGAAAACUGUUUCUGUAUUAAAAUUCAAAGCAUCAAGAGAUGACCAUGGAAAGAAACUGAUAUGCACAGCUCAAUCUGUAGAUGGACAGAAGGUGGAUUCUGUUGAUUUAAAAGUGAAAAGAGGAAGGAGUUCGGUGGACUGGACUUAUUCCAUGCCAAUCAAGAUCAAAGGUCUCCGGGGUUCUUGCAUGGUCAUCCCCUGCACAUUUGACUUCAAAACCACACAGCCAGGUAACAUCAUAGUGAAAUGGUACCUGGACUCCAGUAGAGGCUAUCCUUUAGUGUAUGCACAAAAUGGUGAGAAUAUUGUUGGCAAGUACCAUGGGAAAACAAAACUGUAUGGAUUGCCGAGUGAAAGAAACUGCAGUCUGGAGAUCAACACACUUGAGCUGGAUCAUAACGGGGAUAGGCUAUAUCCAUGGAUGGAUCCAAAACCAGUUGAGGCAUUCCACAAGGAGAACUAUGACAGUUCUGUGGAAAUUCAAGUAACAGCACAAGCAGAUAAACCGAAAUUGAGCAUCACCGGCAUACCCAGGGUGGGAGAGCAAAUUACGGUGUCCUGCAGUGUAUACCAUACCUGUCCAUCCAGUCCCCCAAAUCUGUUGCUGGGAGAAGUGCCACUAAAUAUCAGAACUGUGCACACUCCAAUGCAGAAUGGCUUGUGGGAAUUCAUCAGGCAUUACACGUUUAGCAUAAGAGAAGAUGAUCACCAUGUUACAUGCAAAGCCACAUUCCAAGGCGGGCAGAUAUCAGAAGCUCAAAUCAGUCUCAAUGCUCAAUGUAUCCAUAAAGAUAUAAUCAUUGAUCCAGAGGAGGCUGAUGUCAUAGAAGGUUUUGGAAAGAACUUCACCUGCACCGUUUUCCAUUCUUGCAAGAAAGAACCUCCAACGAUUUCCUGGAACUAUAAAGACAUGCCAGAGACUUCAGGGAUCAAAAAAUAUGGGCUUAGCUGGACCACAUAUUCUAAUAUAUUAUUUUUAGCCUCAAUGGAGGAUCAUGGCAAGAAACUCAUCUGCACUGCAAAGUUUCCUGAUGUACAGAUCACAGCUUCUGUUGUUUUACAGGUUUUAAAGUAUGAGCCCAAAGAUGUGGAUCCAUUUGAGAAUGACACUGUCCACGUUUUGGAGGCAAACGUGUUUCCCAGAAUCAGUGCUUUGACGCGCUCUUGUGUAGUGAUUCCAUGUAGUUUUAAGACGGGUGACGAGCCUCUUACCCGCCUCCGUAGCCUGUGGAUCACCAGGAAGGGGGAGUAUGUUUUCCACACUGGACAGAGCAAUGUUCUGGACAAUUUUAAGGGUCGCACACAGCUCCUCGGGAAUCCAGACGAGCAAAACUGCACCUUGGAGAUAGACAAUGUCCAACCGCAUGAUAAUGGGCCCUUCUGCUUUCGUGCCGAGAGAGGAAAUGACAAGUACAGGUUUAAUCACAGCUGUGUAUUUAUCUCCAUGAAAGCGUCUCCUAACAAGCCUGUGAUAUCGGAUCUCCCUGAGGAGAUGGAACCAGGCAAACGAUUCAAAAUACAGUGUUCCAUAACCCAUACAUGCUCCUCGCACCCCCCGACAAUCACAUGGAAUGUUCCCGCUGCCAGGGAAGUGAUGAGCCACACGGACAUAGGUGCAGGUCAAUGGGAGACAACCUCCACCAUUACUUUCAUACCGACAGGUUAUGAAAAGGAAGAAAACCUCAUUUGCAGUGCCUUAUUUUGGAGAGGAAAGAAACAAGAAAGUGUUACCUACCUGAGUGUGAAGAGAUAUGAGGGGCUUGGAAUGGACACCAUAGGACCUUAUAUCAUUGUACCUCUGUUGCUUCUUUGCAUCAUCGCUGGAAUUCUGUUCAUUAUUUAUAAGAGAAGGAGAAGAAAACAGACAUCUUCCACAACUGAAAAGAGGGCAUCAUUGUGGAACCAAUUUUCGAGGAGAUUUGAUGGAGGUGCAAGAUGGAUAAACUCUGUCAGUAAACCCAGUAGGCCACCAAAACCUGAAAAAAGGCGCAGUUUAUGGAACAGAUUUUCAAGGAAAGAUCCUCUCAACAGUUCAGAUGUAAGAAUGGAGUGCAUGUUAAACAAUACAAGUACAGGGGAUAGAAGCUCAGGAUUCUCCAAACCUCGCUUUCCAUCACCAAAAAGUUUACCAAAAUCUUACUGCAAAGGUGGACAUUCAGCGCAUCAUUAUGAUAAUGAUGAUUACACAAACACUGCUGAUCUCAAUAUUUAUGGAAAUAUCUGAUGAAGGAUUGAAAAGUCUAUGAAGGACAAAGAAGUGCAUACUUACGUUUUUGUCAUCAGAAAGGAUCCAAAAAUUUCAUUUCUGGCCUAAUGUAAACACAACUACCACCCCCUAAAAGAUCUGACUUCUGUUUGAUUGCUGACAGCUGAUUAUAUUUGUAAUGAUUAAUGUAUUGAUGAAUACAGUCAAUUUCAGUGCACUGAUAUUUGACAUAUCUCUAGGAAUUUAUAUGAAUGCAGCACAUGGUUUUGUACUGAACAGAGUUUUAAAAUUAUUUUAAAGCUCCACUCAGAUCUGUCAGAUGAUUUUUAAGUAUGUCCACACCGGAAAAAUGUGAACAUCGGUAAUGUCAAAAUAAUGUCCACACUCAAAUGGACAGUUCAGUGUAUUGUUUACCAGAGACUAAUCAACUCUGGCCAUUGAAUUAACUUUAGUGCUUCAUGAGCUGUAUAAGACCUAUUAGUAUGUAUCUAAUUUACUUUAUUUGGACAGCUUAAUUUUUAAUAUAAUGGUGUUAUUAACUCUGUUUAUAAAUUACUAUCUGCAUUUUUUUUACUACUUUCAUAGGUUACUCACCACUGUGUAAACAUUUAGGACUAAUUAUUUUCUGAACUCCUUUUUUUCUUUUUGCUUAUAAUACAACAGUAUGCUUUGACUCAUUUGACUUGUAAUUUCUUAUAUUGUUA